AACACCAGAGACUAAUACCUUGUAAACAAUGACUUCACUAGCCAAGACCCUCGUUUACUCGACUGUCAGCAAUCAUGACAUCAAGAUGGACUACUUUCUACCCCCCUCCAGCGGCCAGCUGCCUGUGGUCGUCUACUACCACGGCGGGGGAAUGACUUCAGGCUCGCGACACAGCGGAGGAUUCCCUCAGUGGCUGCUGGAUCACUGCCAGGCAAGGGGAUACAUCUUUGUGGCAGCCGACUACCGACUCUGCCACCCAAGCAACACGCUGGACCAGAUCGACGACGCAAAGGCCCUGCUCGCGUUCCUUGCCAGCGCCGCCUUCCAGGACGUCCUCCCGGCCUCCAUCUCCGUCGAUACGCGCCGCAUCGCCGUGACGGGCUUCAGCGCCGGGGCGUAUUCGGCGCGCGCGGCGUGUGUGUACGCUGAUCCCCGCCCCGCGGCGCUGAUGACCGCGUUUGGCACAGGGGGUAACCUGCUGCUGGACCACUGGACGGCUGGCCGCGAACCAACCUCGCUCGCCAAGUUUGUCGAUCUCAGCAAGAUUCCCGCUCUACUGGCGGAUAAGACUGUUGUCAGCGACGAUCCGCGCGAGUCCGGCCGCUUUGCGCUCACGGUCAAGUGGGAGAUUGACGGGACUUUCCUCGAUGGCUGUUUUGGUGAACCGGGGCUAGGCGCAAGGCUUCAUGCAAAGGAGUAUGGCGACGAGCGGAUCAAGGCCAUCCCCGACCACCUCCGUCCUGGAUUCCUGCAGCUGUUCGUCGAUGAAAGCUACCCGCCCUCUGUUUUCGUGCACGGCACUGAAGACGAGGUUGUGCUGCUUCAGGAGAGCAUAGACCACUAUGAACAGCUCAAAAGGCUCGGUGUCAAGACGGAGCUCUUGCCGGUCGACCAGGCAGGACACGGUCUUGUUGACUUUAGCCAAGGGUUUCCCCCUAAGCCUGUCAAAGGCUCGAUGGAGGCCUAUUCUCGCGCGGCAGAGUUCAUUGACGAGGUUUUUACAUCAGUUGUAUAGAUGAUAAAGAUAUAUGAUAUAUAGAUGAUAUAUAGAUGGUAUAAAUAUAGAUGAGGAUUACCAUCUCAGCUCUUAAGUUAAUCUUUACUAACAGUCAUUAUCUACUCUGCGUGUUCUUCCUUUAUUUCUUUUAACAUGGGC